AUGGUGUGUUUCAAUUUACAUGUUUUUAGUGAUCUCAACUUAAUAUCUUCACAUGUAUUCUACACUGUUAAUAUUUUAUGCUUGCUCCAAAGAGUUCAAGUUUACGUUGAUGAUAUCAUCUUUGGUUCUACUAACAUACAAUUAGUCAAAGAGUUUUCGAAGCUAAUGCAGGUUGAGUUUGAGAUGAGCCUCAUGGGGGAGUUGAACUACUUUCCCGGUCUUCAAAUCAAACAACUCAACAAAGGGACGUUCGUGUGUCAAACAAAAUAUUGCAACGAAUUGCUAAAGAAAUUUGGUAUGGUUGAUGCAAAACCAAUUGACACUCCAAUGCCCACAAAUGGAAACUCGGAAAAAUAUGGAAAUGGUAAGGAUGUUGAUGUCAAGAAGUAUAGAGGUAUGAUUGGAUCUCUUAUAUAUCUUACUGCAUCUACGUCAGACAUUACAUUUAGCGUGUGUAUGUGCGUUUGUUAUCAAUCGACUCAUAAGCAAUCAGAUAUGAAAGUCGUAAAGCGCAUUCUUAGAUACCUUCAUGCUACAUAUACCGAUUCUGAUUUUUCCAGUUGCAAAUAG